AUGACCACAGAACACCCGGCAGUUUCACGAUUUAGAGAGUAUUUACGUAUAAAAACAGUCCAGCCGAAUCCUGAUUAUGAUUCUUCGACUACAUUUUUGUUAAGAGAGGCUAAAGAGAUUGGGGUGUCUUCGAGAAUCUUGACGUAUGUACCAGGUAAACCUAUUGUUUUACUUACCUGGGGAGGCCGUGAUCCAAAACUGCCCUCCAUAUUGUUAAAUUCUCAUACGGAUGUUGUACCUGUAUUCGAGGAUAAAUGGAUCUGUGAUCCAUUUGAAGCAAAGAAACUAGAGAAUGGUGAUAUUGUUGCGCGGGGCGCACAAGAUAUGAAGUGUGUUGGGACCAGUUAUCUCGAAGCGAUACGUAAUCUAAAAGCAAAAGGCAAACAACCGCUACGUACUAUACAUCUUUCUUUUGUUCCCGACGAGGAAAUUGGCGGCGUAGACGGAAUGGCAAAAUUUGUCAAAUCACAAGAUUUCCGAGACUUGAAUGUGGGAUUUGCGCUAGAUGAGGGUCUCGCCAAUCCUUCCGACGCUCUAAAAGUUUUCUACGGUGAACGAGCUCCAUGGUGGAUUAUAGUCACAACUAGGGGAAAUACUGGGCACGGAUCACAGUUUAUUCGGGAUACUGCCAAUAGAAUAAUUAAUCGGUUCUUGGAAUUUCGCGCGUCGCAAGAACGACAAUUGGAGAUAAAUGUCCAUGCAGAUGGCAGAAAAUACAGUCUCGGAGAUGUGAGCAGUGUGAAUCUUACUAUUUUACAAGCUGGCGUACAACAUAAUGUUAUCCCACAAGAAGCGAAAGCAGGAUUUGAUAUUCGUGUAUCACCGCAUUUCGAUCUCCCGCGAUUUAAGCAGAUUAUUGAGGAAUUCGUGUAUACUGAGCCGGAUGCCGAGUUGGAAUAUGUACAGUACCAUGGAGACAAUAGCUUAACUGCCAUCGACGACUCUAAUGUUUGGUGGGUGGUCUUUCGUGAUUUCUGUCAAAAACGAAACGUUUCAAUCGAGACAGAAAUUUUUCCAGCGGCAACCGAUUCGCGAUAUAUUCGUGAAAUCGGAAUUCCCGCAUUAGGCAUUUCAUACAUCAAAAACACGCCCGUUCUGCUACACGAUCACAAUGAGCGAUUGAAUGAGAAAAUUUAUUUGGAAGGGGUGGAGUUUUAUACAGAUUUGAUUGAGGUUUUGGGUGAAGUAACAAGAUAA